GUUGCGCCUGCGCGGUGCGGGGGGUGCGGCCGGCCAUGGCCGCCUCCGUGUUCUGCUGCUUCUCGUGGUGCCGGGAUGGCGGCGCCGGGCACAUCCCGCUCAAGGAGAUGCCGGCCGUGCACCUGGACACGCAGCGCAUGGGAACAGAUGUCGUCAUUGUUAAGAAUGGCAGAAGAAUAUGUGGCACGGGAGGCUGCUUAGCCAAUGCACCUUUGCAUCAGAACAAGAGCUAUUUCGAGUUUAAAAUCCAGUCCACAGGGAUUUGGGGUAUUGGAGUUGCAACCCAGAAAGCAAACUUGAAUCAAAUUCCACUUGGUCGAGAUGUCCACAGCCUGGUGAUGAGAAAUGAUGGAGCUCUUUACUAUAACAACGAGGAGAAAAAUAGGCUACCAGCAAACAGCCUUCCUCAGGAGGGUGAUGUGGUGGGCAUUACAUAUGACCAUGUAGAAUUAAAUGUAUAUUUAAAUGGCAAGAACAUGCACUGUCCAGCUUCAGGAAUCAGGGGGACUGUCUAUCCAGUGGUCUAUGUUGAUGACAGUGCCAUUCUGGAUUGUCAGUUCAGUGAAUUUUAUCAUACACCUCCACCCGGGUUUGAAAAGAUCCUCUUUGAGCAGCAAAUCUUCUGAAUGUCUUCAUACUGAGAAUUUGCACCCUGCACUGUUACAAAAGCUUUGUCAUCUUGAAGCCUCACUUUAUUUUUAGGAAACAUAUCUGUAUUUUUAGUAAGUACUUGUGACUGUUGUCUGCAGAAUAAAUAUGUUAACUGCAACACCAGGUAAAUGUGUUGCAAAUAAGAGUUUUCUGGCAUUGUUUUGUGGUUGAAAAUGAGUGUUUUGGGGCAGGGUUUUUCUCUGAUUUGUACUUGACGCAUAAGAAGACUAAGAGAUUUUGCUGUUGUCAGUAUUACAUUCAGUAUUUUGAAUAAACUGGAGCUCUGUAAGGCAAA